AUGGGACCCCCUGAAAGGCCAUCCCCCAGCUGGAUGCACAAGGAAGCAGAGAUGCGAACUGAUCCCCAGACGGCAGAGAAGAGCAGGGGGUGGAGGCCCAGAGACAGGAGCAAGGCCCCUUCAUCCCUCCCCCCAGGCCUGCCCUUCCUCCUCCUCUUGCCGCUGGCCAGUGCCCUACAGCCCACCCCACUGCCCUUUCCAGAGCUGAGGCUGGUGGGGGGCCCGAGCCGCUGCCGGGGGCGCCUGGAGGUCUUGCACGGUGGCUCCUGGGGCAGCGUCUGUGACGAUGACUGGGAUGUGGUGGAUGCCAACGUGGUGUGUCGACAGCUGGGCUGCGGCCUGGCGCUGCCCGUGCCGCGGCCCCUUGCCUUUGGCCAAGGCCGAGGCCCCAUCCUGCUGGACAACGUGGAGUGCGGCGGGCAGGAAGCCGCCCUGAGCCAGUGCAGCAGCCGAGGCUGGGGCGUUCACAAUUGCUUCCACUACGAAGAUGUGGCCGUCCUGUGUGAUGAAUUCUUGCCCACGCAGCCCCCAGCAAGGAAAGUGUUCACCAGUAGGGUGCCCCCUACAACUCGCCAGAAUGGGAAAGGUGAGGGCAGCGUGCGCCUGGUGGGGGGCACGGGCCCGUGUCAGGGCAGAGUGGAGAUCCUGCACGGCGGCCUGUGGGGCACCGUGUGUGACGACGACUGGGGGCUGCCGGAUGCUGCCGUGGUCUGCCGCCAGCUGGGCUGUGGGGCCGCCCUGGCCGCCACCACCAACGCCUUCUUUGGCUAUGGCACGGGGCACAUCCUGCUGGACAACGUGCACUGCGAAGGCGGCGAACCCCGCCUAGCAGCCUGCCUAAGCCUGGGCUGGGGCGUGCAUAACUGCGGCCACCACGAGGACGCUGGCGCACUCUGCGCAGUGCUGGGCCCCCCGACUCUCACAGCACUACCACCCUUGGCCACAAGAGAGGACUGGGCCUGGCACACGGAGCCAGGGGCUACGGGAGUUGGUGCCCUGCCUUCCAGGGAGACGGCACUGUUCACCACAGCUACCUGGGCCGCAGGGAAGAAAAGCGGGCGGCUGCGGCUGGUGGGCGGCCCGAGCCCAUGCCGCGGCCGCGUGGAGGUGAUGUACGCCGGGGGCUGGGGCACCGUGUGCGACGAUGACUGGGACUUCGCGGAUGCGCGCGUGGCCUGCCGCGAGGCGGGCUGCGGGCCUGCGUUGGGCGCCACCGGCCUCGGCCACUUCGGCUACGGGCGCGGCCCCGUGCUGCUGGACAACGUGGGCUGCGCCGGAACGGAAGCCCGCCUGAGCGACUGCUUCCACUUGGGCUGGGGUCAGCACAACUGCGGCCACCAUGAAGACGCUGGCGCGCUCUGCUCAGGCCCAGAGGAGCUAGGACUGCAAGUUCAGCAGGAUGGUUCUGAGACCACCCGGGUGCCCACUCCUCGGCCAAGGGACGGGCACCUGCGUCUGGCCAACGGAGCUCACCAGUGUGAGGGGCGUGUAGAACUCUUCCUAGGGCAACGGUGGGGCACCGUUUGCGAUGACGCCUGGGACCUGCGAGCAGCCACUGUCCUGUGCCACCAGCUGGGCUGUGGCCAGGCCCUGGCAGCCCCCGGCGAGGCCCACUUUGGCCCAGGCCGAGGCCCUAUCCUCCUGGACAAUGUCAAGUGCCGUGGGGAUGAGAGUGCUCUUCUGCUCUGUUCUCACAUACGCUGGGAUGCCCACAACUGUGACCACAGCGAGGAUGCUAGUGUCCUGUGCCGGCCAUUGUGACCCAGCCUGUUCUGCAGACCAUCUCUUCUGGGAGCCUGCUGUGGCUUGUCCCUCUUCCUCCAGGAAGCCCUCCUCCUAUGACAACUUCAGUUCACCCUACCCUUUCCUCCUCUUGCCUGGGAGAGAGCCCACUCUGACAAUGUGGUCCUGCCUUGGGAGCCUAGAGUCUGACUCUACCCAUCAACUUCUUGUGUGACCUCAACUGUUAUCAACUACCAUGGGCCCUGUUCAAUGAGAGCUCCCACUUUCUGCUCAGCCAAAACAUAAAAUGGGGGGAAGGGAAUGACUUAACUCUCUUCUUUGGUGGGGCUCCUCUUAUAGCAACUUGACCCUGCCUUCCUGGACCCUGGUCCAGGAGGCUCAGGGGCUCUCUAUAAAUGGGGUAUCUCCCUUUCCCCCACCCAUAUUGGGAUCCCCAAGAAGAGGGAAGGCAAGAGAGGCCCACAGCUCUUACCUUCACCUGCCUGGGGCUGCAAAAGAACCUGGGUCAUUACCCUGGCCUUCUCCAUGAGGGCCCAGACUCAGAUGGUGCUUGGCUGGACAAGGGGACUGGAGGGGCCAAAGCAGGGACAGUGGCGCCUUCCUGCAGCUGGAACCAGCAUCUCUGAUUUAUGCUGCCCCCACCACAGAGCCUCCACUCUGCAGCAGUGAAGGACCCUGGGGGCCUGUAGCCACCUGUUCAUAGGUGCCAAGUCAAUAAAGCAUUGU